UAUAUAAGUGAUCGUGCGAGAGUAUUAAAAGCCAGAAUCGGACGUAAACUGAGAGGUAAUAGAGCAUCAAUUAUCAAUGCAACUUCGGAAUCUUUUUCGAUUCCUUCUCGCUCUGAUAGCAGCGAUCGAAGUGACAUCGAAACCUAUAAAGGAUUUCAGAUUAGUGAUUCAUAAUGAUACAGGAUCCAGGACCAUCUGGCAGAACAUCGGGACACGCAGUUUUUACGGACCUUGGGAUAUGUCGGUAAAACGAAACGGGGAUUACGUCGAUUACAACGAUUAUGGUGUUCCUAUUGAACACUUUCGGCCUAAUUUGCUAUCAUACGAUGACGUACCGAUGUCUAACGGAUAUGUCAACGCGCUGCCUUCGGUUUACGAUAGCGCUUUGCCGGAAUUUAACACGUUAUUCAGUUCCGUGGGCCUUGCUGAUUUCCGCACUGGAGUUCGCACCGGUUUGGAUCAAUCAAAAUACUGAUGACUUCAAGGAACCCUAUUCCGAGAAUAUUGCUUUUUAGAAAAUCGAUGAAGAUAUAGAAGAGUCUGAUGUCUCUGUGAUUCUAAAGUCACAGCGAGAAAGAGAGAGUGUGUGUGUGUGUGUGUAAAAUUGUAUAAAAUAAAG